AUGAACUUGGUGGUGCUGUCAGGUGGCACGGCAGCCAAUGCCUUGCUCCCAGCGUUUGAACAGCUGUCAAAUGAACUUUCGUUCAUGCUUCCUAUUUCUGAUAACGGGGGAUCCACCAGCGAGAUACUUAGAGUCGUGGGUGGACCAGCCAUCGGGGACAUACGUUCUAGAAUUGUUCGGCUGAUCAAGGACGAUAAACUAUCGUCCCUCCUCGGGUAUCGGCUCCCAAACGAAAAGUCUAGAGCCAAGCAGGAGUGGAAUGAAAUAGUUGAUGGCACUCACUGUAUGUGGGACGGGUUCGCCAGCGAGGUGAAAGAGAUAUGCAGGUCUUUUCUGAUUCAUACUCAAGCCGAGCUUUUGAAAAAGCAUAAAAGCUCGGCUCCUUUCCAAUUUGAGAAAGCCAGCAUUGGGAAUCUGUUUCUCACAGGUGUGCGGCUUUUCUUGGGCUCACUGGAUGCUUCCAUCGAACUCACGCUGCGAGUAUGUCGAUGUGACGAGCGUAUCAGUAUCAUACCAUGCAUUAACACAAACCACACGCAUCACAUAUCUGCGCUUUUGCAAAAUGGUGAUGUUAUUACUGGCCAGUCUCAAAUUUCGCAUCCUUCCAAACAGAGAGUUAAAAAUGUACGCUGUAGCCAAAACAGCAAACCUUCCUUACAUGCUGCAAAUAUGAGCACCGAGUCCUUAGUAGGUCCCGAUGCAUCUGUACAUUUGAAAGAACAGGACAAUUUCGAAAGCUCUCCCGAAGACGAAGGUUAUCAGGGCUACGGUGAUGAUGAAGAGGAAGACGACGAGGAAGAAUACGCAUACCCGGGGUACAUACACCCGGAAUUAAAGCUUUCGCAAUUGCAUUUCGAUAAACUUGACAUAAACGAGGACCAGUUGCUACCCGCUCCUAUUAAGCGGGUGUUUUACAUCAAUCCUUAUGGAGAAGAAGUACUUCCUCAAGGCAAUAACAGGGCCGUCAAUAAAUUAAGAAGCAGUGAUAUGAUUAUAUACUCGGUCGGCUCAUUGAUGACUAGCCUCUUGCCGAUAAUCAUUCUCGGCAACAUAGCUGAAACGAUAGUCGAGAAUGAACAGGCUAGAAAAGUACUACUGGUCAAUAACAAGUACGACCGUGAAACAUUUGCUAUGAACGGGGUGCAUUUUGUUCAAUUGAUUGUAGAGUCGAUGAAUCGAGCUGUGCACAACUACAAGCGCAAGAAAAAGAGUCAGAAGUCCGAAAGUGCUGGAGCAAAUACUAUUGUCUGGAACAAAUUUGUGACCGAUGUCGUCUACCUCAAAAAAGGCGAGAUCCCCGUAGACACAAACACCCUAAAUAUCUUGGGCAUUCGUACGUACGCUAUUGACUCAGAUUGCUUUGAGGUGGAAACUCUAGCAAAAGUUUUGAAUUCUCUAAAGGCGUGA